CUGUAGUCUACCUCUCAAACCAAAUAAGAGUACUGAUACAGUUUAGGAUUUAGCUGCACAAUUUUGGCUCCAAGCCUCCGCGCUGCUUAAUUGGUAGCUGGAAGUUCAGGCUUCAUGGCUGGCAUCUCCUCUUGAAAUUGCCCAGGUCCUCCUGCAUACGCCCAGCAAGAAAGCUUUGCGGUUGAAUCGAAAUCAAGUAUACUAUUGACUAGCGCUCAAGUGAUAGGAAAAAAACCCUAGGGCCGAGUUUGAUCGUGCAACUUGCCGCCAGCGACUUCAGCAGAUGCGCACCCGCCAGCCAUGCCCCACCUUCCAGUCAACCAGGGAUAAAUUACCUGACCUACCUCAACCUACUUAUAUAAAUGCUUAUCCAUAAAACUCAUAGCAACAUCUGAUCAACUCAGACUAGUGCUACAAGACUACUUUGCCCAGCUAGUGGUCAAAUGCCAUCUAGAUAUACACAUACUUGUUCUUCUGUCUUCGCUUCGAGCCACCAUGAGAAUCCGAAUACGCGGUCCGACUGGACAGUCGACCGUUUCUCUAGAUGACGAAGCAAAUGUCGAUGUACUCCGCAGACAAAUCACAGAGUCAACCGGACUAUCAGACUACGACGUGAAAUAUGGGUAUCCACAAAUCAAGCCUCUUUCGUUAGAGGGCUUCCCACCUAACCAGAAACUAUCCGACCUGGGGAUGACUCUGAAUGGGGAACAGUUAAUUGUCACGAGCAAAGAAGGCAGCCUACCCUCUGACCUGAGCCGCGAUCAACACGAGACUACUACUAAUCGGCAACAACCGUUGAACGGGCUGCUCGCUGACAAGACUCCGAAUGAGGGCUCCGAUGACCCGCCGGAGAUUCCAUCACCGGAACAUCAUGGUACCUUCGUCCUCCGGAUCAUGCCUGACGAUAACUCGUGCCUAUUCCGCGCCAUCAGUAGCGCGACCAUGGCUGGGGUGGAUGUGAUGACUGAGUUACGAUCUGUUGUUGCGCAGACUAUACAGGCAAACCCGGACCUAUAUACCGAGGCGGUGCUGGAAAAAACGCCGGACGACUACUGUCAAUGGAUCCAGAAUGAGGACUCUUGGGGCGGGGGCAUCGAGCUCAGCAUAUUGAGUAAACAUUUUGACAUUGAGAUUUGCUCGAUUGAUGUGCAAACCCUGCGGGUCGAUUCGUUUAACGAGGGCCCCUCAAUGCGGUGCAUCGUGGUCUAUUCGGGCAUUCACUACGAUACUAUUGCCCUGUCGCCUUCAAGUCCGCCGUAUACCCAUGCAGACGUCCCCGCCGAUUUCGAUACCAAAGUUUUUGACGCCAACGACCCUUUGGUCCUGAAAAAGUCCCUGGCCUUGUGCAAGGUUUUGCAAGAGCGGCAUUAUUACACGGAUACUGCCGGGUUUCGUCUGCGCUGCAAUACGUGCGGUAGAACUUUUGUGGGCGAAAGAGGCGCUACACAGCAUGCAGAACAGACUGGGCAUGUCGAUUUCGGAGAAGCUGACUGAAAGCGACGAGAAUCCUCGCCGAGUAUCGACUUACGUAUGCUUCGCUGAAACCUAGAUUCAAAGUAGCUUGGCACUUAUUCUCAUGACUUCCCCUUACUCGUCACUUGUGGGCAAGUAGACACCCUACCACCCUUGAGAUCGUUUGCUUCAGACCUCGAACUCUUUUAAGCGUUAAGCGUUGUCCGGAGUUAAUUGUCA